AUGGCAAACACCAAUGACCCCAAAGCAGCCGAAGCGGCACUCAAGGCCGCAAACCGACGUGCUGAUUUCAAGCAGAUUGAGGCUUCUCGACCAGUGUUUGACCAGUCUACCACCAUCCAGUUCACCCAGCCCCCAGACCCAGACUGGGCGUAUGGCUCAGGGUCCAACCGAGCCUGGGACAGCUCCGCUGGGCACACCUCGAUUGAUCCGUACGCCGCUGAUCGGACAUUGAUCGAUAACUACAGAUUGCUCGUCAGCGGGAUUGUACCGCGUCCCAUCGCCUUUGUGUCGACAUGUUCUCGCGACGGAAAAGAGCAAAAUCUGGCACCGUUUAGCUUUUUCCAAUUUGUCAACGUUGACCCCCCGGUGAUUGCCCUCGCUGUCACCAGCCCGAUCGGUGCGGCAAAGGAUACUUUGCGGAACCUCCUUGAUACUGGGGAAUGCGUCAUUAAUAUCGUGAGCGAGGGGUUUAUCGAAGCAGUAAAUGCUGCCAGCGUCAAUGCCCCCUACGGUGCCUCCGAAUGGGACAUCAGUGGCUUGACGCCUGUAUACGAUACCAAAACUGUGUUACCCCCGCGUGUGAAGGAAUCCAUCUUCAGCAUCGAGGCGAAGCUGGAAAGCGUGCGCAACUUUACCAGCAGAUUAAACCCCGGAACGAAAUCUGGUUCUUUGCAGCUUGUAGAAGUCUCGCACUUCUGGGCUCGCGAUGAUGCCCUCACUCCUGAUGGGAAGGCUUUGGAUAUUUCGGUCUUGCGGCCAGUCAGCAGGCUAGGUGGCCUCUCAUAUGGCCGGUUGACACAGGUUUUUGAUCUACCGCGGCCAGACUUUGAUCAGGAUGUAGGCGGAUCGGAGGGCUACGAGAGACUGAAGAGAGGGAGGAAGCAAAGGGAAAACAGUGCUCCCUAG